GGGUGAGAAAUGCUGGGCACAACGCAGGCCUAUGCCCAGUGCUUGUCAUCAUUCAGGCAGUGUGGGGUGGCUGGGGGUACAGGCAGGAGUGGCAGCAGUUGGCAAUGCCACCAGCUGCACUCACCGGCCUGGGGCUGGCAGCAGCCAGUGGUGGGGCCCCAUGGCACGGCCUCCUGUCUGUGCCGUGGGGCCAGGCGUGGGUGGAAGCGGGUGCACCCCGAGGAGGAAUGUGGGCUGGGAGGGGCCAUGGUUUCAGCUGGGGCACUCAGGUUGCAGCCAGCAGUGCACCAGGAGCCACCACGCAGCAUGGCUGGAAAACCCCAAAUCCAGCUCUUCAUCAAGGCAAGUGAAGAUGGGGAGAGCGUGGGGCACUGCCCCUUCUGCCAGCGGCUCUUCAUGGUGUUGUUGCUCAAAGGUGUGCCUUUCACUCUCACCACGGUGGACGUGAAGAGGGCGCUGGACAUGCUGAAGGACUUUGCACCAGGUGCUCAGCUGCCUGUCCUCCUCUACAACGGUGAGACCAAGACCGACACCAUCACCAUCGAGGAGUUCCUGGAGGACCAGCUGGGCCCCCCCAUGUGCCCCAGUCUGGUCCCGCAGUACCCGGAGUCAAGCCUGGCUGGAAACGACGUUUUCCACAAGUUCUCAGCCUUUAUCAAGAAUCCAGUACCUGCCCAGGACGAGGCACUGCAGCGGAGCCUCCUGCGGGCCUUGCUGAAGCUGGAUGAAUACCUGAACACUCCUCUGGAGCAUGAGCUGGCCCAGGACCCCCAUCUCCGGGCCUCCCAGCGCUGCUUCCUUGAUGGAGACCACCUCACACUGGCUGACUGCAACCUGCUGCCCAAGCUCAACAUUGUUCAGGUUGUGUGCCAGCACUACCGCCGCUUUGGGAUCCCCAAGGACAUGUGCGGCGUGUGGCGGUACCUCAACAGUGCCAGUGAAACCAAGGAGUUCAAAUACACCUGCCCCAACACCCAGGAGAUCAUACAAGCCUAUCGUUCUGUGGUCCGGGCACUGCAGUGA